AAAUGAUCUUAAGAAAUCUAACUAGGAAUCUCCGAUAUAAUAAACCUGACAAACUUAAUAAAGUUAUUAAACUAAAAAACAACGCAAAUUACUCUACAAAGUUACGUCCAGCUGCCGAUGAAGAAGAAGUCAUUUUGGUCCAGCGUCCGGCAAGGUUCUCACCCAAGAUAUUGUGGGCUUGCGUUGGUACCCUAUCUCUAUACGCCGUUGUAUGCGCAGAAGCAUGCUAUCAUUAUGAGUCCUUUACUCCCAAAUCUGAUAAGAAAGAAGAAGAAGACACUAAGACAGCCUAUUGGAAGAGAAUUCUAGCGAGCACCUCAGUAGCUUUCAUAGGCUUGGGCGCUGGUGGGUUAUUACUCUUCAACGCGUCUAGAGAAGUCAUACGUUUAUCACAUUUCCCAAAAUCUGAUCUUUUGCGUCUACACACAUCUUUAAACCUUCCAUUGACAGUUGGACGGGGGAAAAAGCUCGCGAAACUCAAUGAAGGAAUCUUCGUGAAUGCUAAGGAAGUCUCUCUCCGCGAGCCAAAGCAAUCUGGACAGCGUAGGACGCUCUCAGCAGUUCCUCUCGCAUUAGACACGCCAAGAUUACCAUUCUCGAUAGACAAGCGUUUCCCUUGGCGUAUUAAUGUUGUUCCACCGCAAAAACCAGAUGGCUUUUACAUGGAUACCAAGUCCCUCGCCGGUCUGUUCAAAUCUGAAUGGAAUAAUUUACUAGGAAGGUAAAUGUAUAAAUGUAAAGACAGGAUAAAUAACUCGUUAGAUCUUGACAGCAUCGCGUAUGUAAAAUGCAGGUAUGUAAUUGUGCGUAGACUAGGUAAAUUGUUCGUAAGAAUGCAAAAAAUGAGAAUACCGUGAAAUUGAGAAAGAAACGAUUAAAGUUGAGAGUAUUAAGAUUCUACUGACAUAACCUCACUCCAAUCCUUUAUUUGCUGCUUAUGCUCAUCAUUUACAAUGACAACCAUUGUGAACAAGCACUUUACUAAUUGUUUAUUACCAAAAUAAUCAUUCCCAACGAGCUCCGCAACAGCUCCAACUUCCCCCUCUCCCCAUUUGCCCAUCAAACGGGGGUGCUCUAUUACGUAUUUAAAUUCAACUUGUACCGAUGACCAGGAACCAGUGAUAAAAUUGUAUACAUCCUUCAAACCAUCGACGGUAUAAGGUAAGGCAUUGAUUGUAGCCUUCAAUUCUGGGCUAAAGAAGCUAGAAUAAUCUGCUUUUUCUGCGUUUCCGAAGGCCUAGAUAUGUCUCAGUAAAGCUGUGUGUGGCAAAAAAUGAAACCCACAGUAAAAGCACCUUUAACGAAAGAAACCAAUUUAGAAUCUGGCUUCCUCUUAUCACUAUUAUCAUCGUUUAUCUUUAUCCGUUUCAUUUUUGGUUUGAACCAGGUAGAAGGUGGUGUCUUGACUGUUGGCUGACCGUGCGCACUUGAUAUUGACUUACGCUGUACGUUUAUACUCUUGCUACUCCUCAGGGAAGUUGGUGGACUGUUAGAUGUCGACGAGCAAGCUGUAAGCUGAGGUGAAGAUAGCUCGUCUGUUCUUGAGUCGUCUUGGAUAUCAUGGAUCGUGUAUGACAUGCUAUCCAAAUCUAUUCCUUCUUCACUGUCUUGGUUUGACAUGGUAGACCGGGAUAUAACUAUCUUUUCUAAUGACCUAGCUAUACUUGGCCGAUGGGAUUAGCACCCCAAAACAGUUAGAUCAGAAUGUGAUUAGAUAGUGACUUCUGUCAAGUCAUUCUGAUCAGAUAAUUGAUUUAUUAUUGUAAUAUCAAUACGAUUUAAUUCGCCAAU